UUCAACCACAAGCUCAGUCGUUUGUUUUGUCUCCAUGCGUGUUGACGUGCCAGAUCACAUCUCUCAGUGCUUAUUAUCAUAAUUGCAUGUUAUUCCCUGUAGCUCUUGUGAUAUUGACACUGAGAGAGAAAAGUUUUAAUUUUUUCAACUACCGUGAAUGGGAGUUUGGAGUGGAAUAAAGUGAAAAAAUGACCAUGUGUAGCUUGAGGCAUUUGGACACCUGGACAAUCUUCCGUGUCCUCCUGCUCUUGUUGCUCUCUCCCCUCACUAAAGGUCAAUUUGAGGGUGAUUCAUGCAGAUUACAAAGUGAUGGCUCUCAGGGCGUAUGCACCUCAAUAAAGAACUGCCCUCAGGUACUCAACGAUCGUACAAACACACCUCAGCUCUGCAUUUUCAUACGCAAUGACCCAAUUGUGUGCUGUCCAGUCCAGAGUAAUGCCUUCGAUCAAAAUCAAUCACAACCUGGUGGCUUCAAUCCGGCACCAUCGUCCGAUUUUGACUCACCUUCACAAUCCCAAAAUCCUCAGCCAUCCAUCCAAUCAUCUUUCGACGACAUGUCUGGCUUUAUCAGUAUCCGAGACGGAGAAGGAACACAAAGAAUCAGCCAGAGAAAAUGUGAGGAAUACUCCAAAAUGACUACAAGCAAAUUCUCCUUCGUGCCCCUGGUAAUUGAUCCUCCUGUUUAUGAGGUGGAAGUACCACAAUGCGACUACACUGUUCCACUAAUUGUGGGUGGAGAAGAGGCUAAACCGGCUGAAUUUCCGCACAUGGCCGCAAUUGGAUGGGACAGCGAAACAUCAAACAGCAUAAUCGAUUGGAAUUGCGGUGGUGUUCUCAUUUCCGAAGAUACAAUUCUCACAGCAGCCCAUUGCACGCAUAUUCGUGGCGUACAGCCGAAAUAUAUCCGAGUCGGUGAUCACAACUUAGCACGAACUGACGAUGAUGGGGAUCCGCAGCAAAUUAAUAUUCGGGAAAUUAUAAGACAUCCCGAGUACAGGUCAUCAUCAAAGUACAACGACAUUGCUGUGAUCAAGCUGGAGAAACGACCGAAAUUGGGAAAAUUUGUGAGACCAGCAUGCCUGUGGCAGACACAAAAUAUCAAUUAUACAAAAACUGUGGCCACUGGGUGGGGGCAGAUUGAUUUCUCAGGGCCAAAGUCCGACACCUUGCAGAAGGUGACCCUGGACAUCAUUCCCAACUACGAGUGCUCACCCCUUUUCGAGAUUAAUCGGAAAUUGCAAAGGGGAAUCGUUGAUACACAAAUGUGUGCUGGCUACUUGGACGGUGGCAAGGAUACGUGCCAAGGGGAUUCAGGAGGACCAAUUCAGGUGGUAACACCUGGAAAUAUUUGCAUAUUCCACAUUGUUGGUCUCACAUCAUUUGGAAAAUCCUGUGGAGGAGUUAAUGCUCCGGGUGUUUACACGAGAGUAUCAUCCUAUCUUGAUUGGAUAGAACCCAUCACGUGGCCGGGACAACUGCAGGAAUCAGUUUAUAGCUUCAAGCCUAUUUUCUUACCAACUCAGGAUAGCAGCUACAAGUUUCAAAAUCAAUCAAUGCACCUCUUUGGAUGGGCUAAGCAUGGAAACAACUACAAUUUUACCCACAAUACCAUGGAGAUCGUUAACAAUAGAAAGUGUGCAUCGUACUUUCGUCUGCCUGAUCUUAGGCAUGGCAUUACAAUCACCCAUAUUUGCGGAGAAAUGCCCAAUGAAGGUUCUCUGGCUCCGUGCUCAGGAGCAAAGCUUGGGCCUCUCCAGACAGACGAUCACGUCAUCGUGGAUGGUUCAAUACUCUUCAGAGAUGAUAACUAUGAAAUAGGCAGUCCAUGCCAGGAAGCAUCAGGGACUGGUAUUUGUGUACUAGCUAAGAGUUGUCGCAUACCCAAUAAAAUGCUUAACAACUGGAAUCCACAGAUUUGCUUCUUCCAGGAACAUAAGACUCCUGUCAUAUGUUGUCCAUCUAAUUUAGCUAGCAAUUCAGUUACUACUAAUUCUCCAAAUGUAAUAAAUCCCACUACUAAACCAACGAAACCAGGAAAUCUCGGACAAAAUACUUCUGAUCGUUUAACAAGAUUGAGCACCAUUAAAUGCCAAGAAUACAUGCAGAAUUAUACGAAUCCGAAGGCAGGACCAGCUUACUAUGGCAUAGUCUUGGGCACAAAUGCAGGUAUCGCAGAAUUUCCUCAUAUGGCAGCACUUGGAAUGGAUAAUCCAAGUGGAAAUGGAUUAAGAUUUACUUGUGGUGGAAGUUUAAUAAGUGAGCGUUACAUCUUAACGGCUGCCCAUUGUUUUGGACGAGAAGCACCAACAAUGGUUCGUUUGGGCGAACGCGAUCUAUCCACAGAUGAAGAUAAUGAGACCGUGAGAGAUUUUGAAAUUGAAAGUGUUAUCAUUCAUCCACAAUACAAGGGUUCAACCGUCUACAAUGACAUUGCUCUACUUAAAUUAAAUGAAACGGUCAUAUUCACAAGAUUCAUCCGACCAGCUUGCCUGUACAGCACAGUCGAAAAUGAAGAUUUAUAUGUGACCGCAACUGGAUGGGGUCAUACAGAGUUUGGUGGGGUGGAAUCAGCUAUUUUGCAAAAAGUUGACUUACAAAUCUUCACCACUGAACAAUGUACUCCAAACUUUCAGCCCACAAGGAGACUUCCACAGGGACUCGUGACUACACAACUCUGUGCUGGUUCUAAUAUAGAUGCGCGAGAUACUUGCCAAGGGGAUUCAGGGGGACCAUUAUCGAUUUCUACAUACAAUUUGACUGUUUCUGCUAAAAUUUACUACAUCGUGGGAUUGACAUCUUUUGGUAAAAGCUGUGGCGCCAAAAUACCAGCAAUUUAUACUCGUGUUGCAGCGUACAUGGACUGGAUUGAAGGAAUUGCGUGGAGUAUAAAGUUAGUUAAAGAAGAGAAUAAUUCGUCUGUGACAAAAGGAAUUGAUAAAAAAUGCGAAGAAUUUUCAAAGUACGCCACAGAAGAGAGUUAUUUUACACCGCUUCUAUUGGAUGGUCCAACUUUUUCUAUUGAAGUAUCAGAGUGUAAAUACGAUACACCUUUAAUUGUGGGCGGGGAAGAAGCACAAUUGGCUGAGUUUCCUCAUAUGGCUGCAAUUGGAUGGAACAGUACUGGAAAUAAUGAAAUUGAGUGGGGCUGUGGAGGUGUCUUGAUAUCAGAAGAAUUUGUACUAACAGCAGCUCAUUGCAGUCUCAAGCAUAUCCCAGAAUACGUAAGACUUGGUGAUCAUGAUCUCAUCAAAGUAGAUGAAGGAGCACAACCGCAACAAUUUAAAAUUCGUGAAAUUAUGAGGCAUCCGGAAUUUCACGUGCCAAUAAAAUACAAUGAUAUUGCCUUGAUACGACUAGAGGGGAGAGCUAAACUGGGUAAAUUUGUGAGACCAGCGUGCCUGUGGCAAAGUCCAAGUAUCAACUAUACCCAAGCUAUUGCAACUGGAUGGGGUCAAAUUGAGUAUUCAGGACCUAGAUCGGAUUUUCUCCUCAAAGUUUCCCUCAAUAUUACUUCGAAUGAAUUGUGUAAUCAACAGUACGAGAUUACUCGUGCUCUACCCAAAGGCAUUGCUGAAACACAACUUUGUGCUGGAUUCGACAACAAAGGCAAGGAUACCUGCCAGGGUGAUUCUGGAGGACCGAUUCAGAUAACCGUGACUCUGUUUUAUCUAGAUAUUGUUUUUCGGGAUGAAUCGUACGCAUCGGAUGUGGGAUGCCCCUGCAUGAAUCAAUUUGGAAAUGGUUUGUGUGUGUUCCCAGGAAAUUGUCGCAUUCCACUUAAGGAUAUGCACAAUGGAUACCCACCUAUUUGCUUCUUCCACCAACACCGUAUCCCAGUUAUAUGCUGCCCGGUGGAUAAAGUGAUUAGCUUUUGGCCAGUGAAUAGUUUAUGGGGAGAAACAACCACAGGCGGUUUUCCCGCGAUGCCCGCUGUGACUCCACCAGCAUAUCCCGCACCUGUACAACCACCCAUGUAUCCUAGCAAUUUCCCUCCUCCGCCAAACGUUGAAACUCCAAUUACAACUGGUGAUGGUAAACCAUUGCCAGGUAGUGUUCCUCCCAUGCCGAGUGAAGAUCCCAAACUUCCGAGCAUACCAAGUAUUCCAAGUGCUCCGAGUGCCCCAAUACCUCCAAGUAUCCCGAUUGCUCCAAGUAUCCCAAUUGCUCCAAGUGCCCCAAUACCUCCAAAUCUCCCAAUAGCUCCAAACGUCCCAAUGCCUCCAAGUGUUCCUAGUGACGAUGGUUUAAGUGGUUUUCCAAAUCUACCAAGUGAACCACCUAAUUCUUUGGCUGAUCUUCCCCAAACUACGAAUGAUUUCUUAAAUAAUUCUCCUGUCGGCUCAACAGUUUCAAGUACUCCUCCCAACAUUUCAAAUGAAUCUCCUACAAGUUCUACGUCAUUUUCCGAUAGUCCCACUUUUCCAAUUAAUUUUACAAGCAUUUUAGAAAACGAACAAACGACACUUCCAAGCAUUAGUCCAGUAUCAAGUGAAGUUCCCAAUUUAAUUGAUGAGACUCCUUUGACUGAGAAAAUACCUCCACUUCUGGAAAACUUUCCAAAUCUAUCAACUCCCAUCGAGUUGGACGAUACGCUUUCAGACGAUAGUCUUUCUAAUGAUUUGCCAAACAUUACAAAAGAAGAAGGAACAUCAAUUCCUGAUAAACCCGCAUCAGACGAAACUCCUGAUAUCGAGGUCACAACACAUAGAGGACCUUGGUUGAUUGAAAAUUUGGAUAAUAUUCCCCUAGAGGAAAUUAUAAUAAAGAAUCCUUCAACAACCAGUACCCCAAAUAUAUCAGAAGAACCGUCAUCUGUAUCUUCAAAUGAUAUUCCUUCUUCUCCGAGCGCUAUUCCAAGUGUCGAUGAUGAGGUUGUUACAUCAACCGAAAGAAGACCUUCUCUCUGGGAUGAUAUUCUAAAUAUUCCAACAGAAGAAAUUAUAAUAAGAGGUCCAUCAACCUCAACUGCUGCUCCAAGUACGUCAGAUCAAUCACCUUCAAGUGAUAUUGCCUCAAUUCCUGAUGAAAAGAAACCUGUUGUAACUGAUCAAUCUCCUCCAGAUCUAAAUAUAGGUGAAAUCUUUACUCCUUCAACUGAAAGGAAUCCACUUUGGGAUAAUAUUCUGAAUAUUCCAACUGAAGAAAUCAUUAUAAAAAGCACAUCUUCACCGGUAAGUGCUUCAAGUAGUUCUCCCAAUAUUUCAAAUGAGAGUACUACGAGCAGUCCUAGUUCAAGCGUAUCUCCAAAUGAUGUAUCCUCUUCAACCGAUAUCCCUCUGUGUAUUAAUUACAUUGAACAAAUUAACGUACGUUUUGGCGAAGAUGAAACUACCCCAGAAUCCAAUCCUAAGUCCCGAAAACCUCUUUGCUUUUCUCCAAUAAAUACGAACAAUGACUCUGCUGGAGAUGACUUGGAUGAUGAUGUCCCCGAUAUUCCCGUACGAACAGACAGACUAAGCACCGCAAAAUGUCAAGAAUAUUCCCAAAAUUAUACCACAAAUAAUGAUAAUACGGCAUCUGAGGACAGUCCAGCAACAGCUCCAGGGGAAUUUCCACAUAUGGCGGCAAUUGGGGUGGAUGAAUCAGAUUACGACGAUGGAAGCUUAUAUUUCAUUUGUGGUGGAACUCUCAUAAGUGAGAGAUUUGUUCUAACAGCUGCACAAUGUUUCACAACCAAUAGCCCAGAUGUGGUUCGUCUGGGUGCCUUUGACCUCACUGACGGUUCAGGUGAUGGCAAAACUGCAAAGGACUUUGGCAUCGAGAGAGUAUUCAUUUAUCCCAGAUAUAGCAGUAAAUCCAUCUACCAUAACAUUGCUCUCAUAAAACUCGAUGCUGAUGUAGAAUUUGGACGUUAUAUCAGACCAGCUUGUCUCAAUAAUCAUCCAGACUCAAGUGGCAUGGGGCUCGCCACAACUGGUUGGGGUCAUACAUCAUUUGGUGGUAGCGAAUACAACACUCUGCAAAAAGUUCCAUUGACGAUUGUGCCACGCAAAGCAUGUUCUGAGCACUACCCACGCGAGAAGCCGGUCAGCGAUGGUGUUAUAAAGUCGUUGGUAUGUGCAGAAUCCAAUUCAGCUGGGAAAAGCCCUUGUCAGGGUGAUUCAGGUGGACCAUUAGCAUUCUAUUCAUACGACUCUAGCAUAUCUGCCAAUAUCUACUACAUUGUAGGAAUAACGGCUCAUGGAAAGGAAUGUGGUACAAGAAUACCCGCUCUUUACACCCGAGUUUACUCCUAUCUUGACUGGAUUGAAGAAAUUGCAUUUAACUAACGGAGGAAUAAGAGAGAUUAUUUUCUUUUUAGAUUAUUGUGAUUAAGAAUAAAGGAACAAUAAAAAAUUAGACUUUAAAAUAAAACAAUAUGAAUGAAUAAAAAUAAAUUAAAAGAAAAAUCA